AAGUGGGGUUAUGGUUUGGUAAUCAGGAAUGUUUAUCCGAGGGAUGUUAUGAGGGCUAGUGUUAUGCUUGAGAGGAAGGAGUAUGCCAUCAUCUUAGCGUUCGAUGUCAAAGUAACACCUGAGGCUUGGGAGCUUGCAGAUGAGACUAGUGUGAAGAUAUUCAUUGCCAAUAUUAUCUAUCACUUGUUUGAUCAAUUCAAGGCUUAUAUUGACAAUCUUAAGGAAGAGAAGAAGAAGGAAGCUGCAGAAGAUGCAGUCUUCCCUUGUGUUCUAAAGAUUAUGCCGAACUGCAUUUUCAACAAAAAAGAUCCAAUUGUCUUGGGUGUUGAUGUCCUUGAAGGGAUUGUAAAGGUCGGCACUCCAAUCUGUAUUCCUUCAAGGGAUUUUAUCGAUAUUGGACGAAUAGCUUUCAUUGAGAUUAACCACAAACAGGUUGAUAUAGCAAAGAAAGGCCAAAAGGUGGCCAUAAAGAUUGCUAGCACCAGCACCGAAGAACAACAGAACAUGUAUGGCAGACAUUUUGAGAUUGAUGAUGAGCUUGUUAGCCACAUCUCGAGGAAAUCUAUCGACACACUUAAAUCAAAUUAUCAGGACGACUUGUCUAUUGAAGAGUAGAAGCUGGUAGUGAAACUGAAGACUCUCUUCAAGAUACAGUAAGCUAGAAAAGAAAAGAAAAAGAAAAAAGAAAAAAUAAGAAAAGGAAAGGAAAAAAGCAGAAAGCAGAGUGAAGAAU